UGCUCCGCGAGAGGAGAGCGUCGUGCGCGGGUGGUGUGAGUGCUUGUGUCGAGUUGAAAAAGGUCGCGACCCCUCCCCAAGACGUGCGCCGGCGGUUGUUGUCGUUCGAUGACGGCGCUGGCCGUUACGCCGUGGCGCGACGGCGGCGCCGACCUGGCCCCGCCGCCGCAGGCCGUAACGCCGUCCGGCGGGUCCGAUAAGGCCGGCGGGCCGCAGCAGCAGAUCGAGUGCGUGGUGUGCGGGGACAAGUCCAGCGGCAAGCACUACGGGCAGUUCACGUGCGAGGGCUGCAAGUCGUUCUUCAAGCGCAGCGUGCGCCGCAAUCUCACCUACACGUGCCGGGGCAACCGAAACUGCCCCAUUGACCAGCACCACCGAAACCAGUGCCAGUUCUGCCGCCUCAAGAAAUGCCUCAAGAUGGGAAUGCGAAGGGAGGCGGUCCAGCGGGGGCGGGUUCCCCCUAGCCAGCACACCCUUCCCGGCCAGAUGCCAGUGACGAACGGCGACGGGCUGAACGGGUCCCACUCCUUCCUCUCCAGCUUCAUCUCUCUCCUACUGCGGGCCGAGCCCUACCCGCCGUCCCGCUACGCGCAGUGCAUGCAGCCCAACAACAUCAUGGGCAUCGACAACAUCUGCGAGCUGGCGGCACGCCUUCUCUUCAGCGCCGUCGAGUGGUCGCGGAACAUCCCCUACUUCCCUGACCUUCAGGUGACCGACCAGGUGGCGCUCCUGAGGCUCGUUUGGAGCGAACUUUUCGUGCUCAACGCGUCGCAGUGUUCCAUGCCACUACACGUGGCGCCCCUCCUGGCAGCGGCGGGGCUACACGCCUCGCCCAUGGCUGCGGACAGAGUGGUUGCCUUCAUGGACCAUAUACGAAUCUUUCAGGAACAGGUGGAAAAACUGAAGGCGUUACACGUCGACGCGGCAGAAUACAGUUGCCUCAAAGCCAUAGUCCUCUUCACAACAGAUGCCUGCGGACUAUCAGACGUGGUGUACAUCGAGAGCCUUCAGGAGAAAUCUCAGUGCGCCCUGGAGGAGUACUGUCGCACCCAGUAUCCCAACCAGCCCACGCGGUUCGGCAAACUGUUACUACGGUUGCCCUCCCUCAGGACUGUCUCAUCUCAAGUCAUAGAACAGCUCUUUUUCGUGAGACUGGUGGGCAAGACGCCCAUAGAGACGCUCAUCAGGGACAUGCUCCUGAGCGGUAGUUCUUUCAAUUGGCCAUACAUGCCCCUCCAGUGACCCAGCGAGUGGGACUCGAGAAAUCAAUCUUCCUCUCUUCAGUGGCGUUGACCGCCGCUGGUCACUUGUGAGACAUUCCAAUGUUCCUGCCGAGACUGGG